AAAAUCCACAUUCUGUUUUGGCAUUUCCAUUUGAAUUUUCUAUUCCAUUUCCCUAACCUCUCUUCGAAGCCAAGUUUCUUCCACUUCUGGAUUUUCUCUCCCCAGUGUCACCCUCAUUAUUUAGUAGUUACCAAAUCUUGGACUUCAACUCUUCUUCUAAUUGUUUUCACUUCCUCAUUUUCAACAAAAGGAUCAUUCUCUACUACUAUGUUUCUUUUUUUCUUCUUCGUAAAAUCUACACCAUUCUAGUAGAAAUCUGCUGUAUUAGAAGCUCUGAAUCGCACUGCAUAAGCAAUCUCCUGUUCUACAUACUGAACUUGGGAAGAAUCGAGUUUCUCAGCACUUCGGAUUUGUUGCGUGAUUGGAAGUGGACUGGCAAGAAAGUGUAGAGAACGUCUGGAGAAGAAAAGAUGAGGUCAUGGAGUUCAUUGUUGUUUAUCGGUUUGAUUUCCACGGUCUCUUUCGUGGCCUGUGAUAAUGCUGUGGCCUCCAAAGAAGUUUUGGCGCUUAAUGCUUUCAAAGAAGCUAUUUAUGAGGAUCCAUUUCAAGUUUUGUCCAAUUGGAAUUCGAUGGAUUCAGAUCCUUGUGAGUGGAACGGCGUUUUCUGCAAUCCGGCCCGAGAUCAUGUUAUCAAGUUAAACAUUUCGAGAUCAUCAUUAAAGGGAUUUCUAGCACCAGAAUUGGGACGAAUCACGUACUUGGAAGAGUUGAUUUUGCACGGCAAUAAACUGAUUGGAACAAUACCUAAAGAGCUAGGCGCGUUGAAAUCUCUUAAGGUCUUGGAUUUGGGGAUGAAUCGGUUAUCAGGACCAAUUCCUCCAGAGAUUGGAAAUUCAACCCAAUUAAUAAGAAUAAACCUGCAGUCCAACGGGUUGACUGGUAGACUACCUCCAGAUCUUGGAAAUUUGAAAUACCUUCAAGAACUGAGACUGGAUAGGAAUAAGCUUCAAGGGCCUGUCCCUGCUGAUAGCAGUUCCGAUUUUACUACCACUAUGCGUGGAAUGUAUGCAUCAAAUGCGAAUUUAACUGGUUUCUGUCGUUCGUCUCAGUUAAAGGUCGCUGAUUUUUCCUAUAACUUCUUUGUUGGUAGCAUUCCAAAAUGCUUGGGGUAUCUUCCAAGGUCUAGCUUUCAAGGGAAUUGCCUCAAGAUCAAGGAUUUAAAGCAACGCUCUUCUGUACAAUGUGCUGGUGCUUCACCUGCCAGGGGUCAUCCAGUGAUCAACCCAAAGCACCGAUCAGCUGAUUAUCUGUCCAAGCAUCAAGGAGCAUCAAAACCUACAUGGCUUUUGGCUCUGGAAAUAGUGACGGGAACCAUGAUUGGUUCUCUCUUUUUAGUUGCUCUUCUUACUGCUUUUCAGAGGUUGAACAACAAGUCGUCCAUCAUUAUUCCCUGGAAGAAAUCUGCAAGCGAGAAGGAGAAUUUGACCUUAUAUAUAGACUCUGAGAUGUUGAAAGAUGUACGGAAGUAUAGCAGACAAGAGCUCGAAGUGGCUUGCGAAGAUUUCAGCAACAUCAUUGGGUCCUCGCCUGACAGUGUGGUCUACAAGGGCACCGUUAAAGGUGGGCCUGAGAUUGCCGUUAUUUCCCUCUGUAUUAAGGAGGAGAAUUGGACAGGUUAUCUGGAGCUUUAUUUUCAGAGAGAGGUGGCAGACUUGACGAGGCUAAAUCAUGAGAAUAUAGGAAAACUACUAGGAUAUUGUAGAGAGAGCACUCCAUUUACAAGGAUGCUGGUUUUUGAAUAUGCUUCAAAUGGGACACUUUCUGAGCACCUUCAUUAUGGAGAAGGAUGCCAGCUAUCAUGGACAAGGCGUAUGAAUAUUGUUAUUGGCAUUGCACGUGGUCUUAAAUAUCUACACGCAGAAGUUGAGCCUCCGUUUACUAUAUCGGAUCUAAAUUCUGGUGCUGUAUACCUAACAGAAGAUUUUGCCCCAAAGCUCGUUGAUUUUGAAAGCUGGAAGACAAUCUUGGAAAGAUCAGAAAGGAAUUCUGGUUCUGUUGGCAGCCAAGGUGCCGGGUGUGUUCUUCGAAAUUCCAUUGAAGCACGUCCACUUGAUACCCUAGGGAACAUAUAUGCUUUUGGGGUACUUCUACUGGAGAUAGUCAGCGGAAGAACUCCCUAUUACAAGGACAAGGGUUACUUGGUGGACUGGGCGAAGGGCUAUCUCGAAAAUCCUGAAGAAAUGCCAUCUUUGGUGGAUCCCGAAUUGAAGCAUUUUAGAGAUGAAGACCUGAAAGUAAUAUGUGAGGUAAUAAAUCUCUGUAUCAAUUCUGACCCUACAAGGCGUCCAGGGAUGCAAGAGUUGUGUGGUAUUCUGGAGAGCAGAAUUGACACAUCCAUAACUUCGGAGCUCAAGGCAUCGUCUUUGGCUUGGGCUGAACUUGCACUCUCAUCUUGAAUCACUCAGUCAGAACUAACAUACACUAAAGCAGAAAUAUACACAAAGUAUUUACUUUUUUGACUUAUUUCUCUUCUUUUAUGUGUAAAUGAUUGCUCAGAAAGGCAACGUAGGGGAUAAAAUCUCGUUGUUGUAUGGCACUGGGAGAUGACUACAAAUGCAGACAUUGGUAAAUGGGGAUGACAGUGCUGGACAACGGUUUCCCGUAUUUUUAUAUCGAGCGUUUGUUAUUUGUAUUGAGCAUUUUAUUAAUUGUGAGGGUUGGAUCUGUAACUUCCCUUUGCUUUUCAGAUUCAAAUGAGCUGAGAUUAAAGGGGCUAUUAGUAUAAUGCUAUAUUUUUAAACUAGAUGUCCAGAGGUCGAGAUGAGUAGUGUUGUUCAUAAAUUUGUAAACAGUGCGGCUCUUGUAUAUAAUACUGAUAUUGAUGUUUCUAAAUGUACCUAUCUUAAUGGGAUCUUGAAUAUCUUUGAGAAAAAUAGCAUUGUACUAUUUUGCGUAUUACAAUUAUAUGCUGGAUGGAUGCCUUAAACAUCAUUUUUCUUUCAUGAUGUAAACUUCAUGUUUGAAAGUGGACAGUAUAGCCAUCAUGUCGUAAGAAGUGAGCGUUUUGGUUCACUUUGCCUAAUUUCUGGCCAACAUCUAUGCUUUUGUGGGAGAAAGGCAAAUACAUGCUCAGCCGCAUGCUUUAGCCAACCCCAUCUGGCAAAUUUUGGUUGUCCGAGAUCCUCAAUGGCAGAAAGGAAAGAAGCGAUAUUAAUUUCAUACUCAGGAGGAAAACAAAUGAACAACGUAUGAAAAAGUAGAAAAGCCUUUUCCGGCAUAUUGUUAAUACACAUUAUUGCCUCCUUGAUUAUUCCAUGAUAUGAUGAUCUAUUGUUUUACUUGUAUUUUGAGCUGAACUGUACUUCUGUCACAAAAGCUAUUAUUGCUCCUUUUUUAUUCGUUUGGUAUUCUUUUUUGGAUAUUGUGGGCUCAGCUUUCGUGUUCUUCACGGUUUUCAAUAGAAGCACAUCCUUUGUGAUUUUAUAAUACAUUGCAGAUCUUUUAAUAUUUCGAGUUCUUCAUGCAAACAGCUCAAAUGUGAUGUUGAUUGACUGAAUUUAUGCAUAUCGUUCUGAUAAAUAGGCAUUAUUUAAUGCUUUAGGUAACUUGCAGGGUUAUGCAUAAAUGAUCUUCAUUUAGUUAGAUUAUCUUCUAUGCUUUAAUCACUUUUAUUCUUUCAUCAUUUCCCUUUGCUUAUGGAACUUGUAUUAGUCGGAUUCAUGUUUCCCCCCCUUCCGAAGUAUUCUUUCAUUGUUGUAUUGGAAGUUUGUUAUUUCUUCAAUUUUUAUGCUGUAUCUGUGCUCUUAAUGUUUUGUUUCAUCUUUAUUGUGUAUGCAACUUGAUAUGUGACCAUUUGAAUCUUCAGGCACUGAUGCUUAUUACAUAUAUCUGUGAUUUCAAUAUUUAUAAGCUUCUCAAUUCUUAAAUUAUUUGAAUUCCUACCUCUGAUUUUCGUGCCUAAAAAGGCCUUUUGUAUUUUAAGUGGUUAAAAUGACCUAUGGUCUAUAUUUGUUUGCACGUGCAAUUUGAUGUGUCUACUUUUAUCUUUCACUGUGUGUUUAUGUUUUGUGUUUGCUUUUCAAAUAUAAGUCAACAACUAUUGAGUAACUGCUUUCUAGAGUUGAGUUGAAAAUGAAUCAUAGAGAUUUCUCUCUGAAAUUAUAACAUAUUAAGCUUUUUUUGGGUUUUGUUAUUGUUUUUGUUCAUUUAACAAAUCUUCUACAAGCAUACAUUCUUUACUGUUGCAUUUUACUCCUAGCCUCCUUUUUCAUGUUGCUGCUCAAGUAUGCUGCUAUUUCAUUCACUUGCAGAUAAGCAUCAGUGCAAUUGUCAUUAUUCUUUUCCUGAGUUACAACACAUGGAUAUAUUUAUCAGCCUCGUCGUUACCAUCAUCAUUAGUGUUUCUUAUUCUUUUUGUUAAUAGCUUUAUAGAAUCUCAAGUUAUCAGGUCAUAUCUGGGUGUUUCCACAGCGUGUCAAAUCCUCCUCAUUCCAUCCAUCUUUGACAGGUAAUUAAAUGUUUCUAAAGUGCGCCUCUUUUUCUUUUAGCUACAACUUAGAAAACAGGAGGAGACGAUUCUGCAGUGAAAUAUGGCUGUGUUGCAUUAUUCUCCUUUCUGAUUCAUGGAAUAUUUGUACAAUUGCAGAAGCAACUAAUUAGGUCCUUCCCAUGUUCUUCAAAAUAAAGCAUGGAAGUGUCACUUUAUGUUGACAUGCCUUGCGAGUAUUAUAAUUUCUCUGGUCAGGUUAUGCAUUAGAAAUUAUAACUUUUUAGCUGCUAAGUUAACAAAGCUGGGCAUAUUGGUAUAUAUGAGAUUCUCACAUCUGUUUUCUUUUGCAUAUACGUGCUUUUGGAAAUUUUGUGCUUGGCGUCAUGAGAAGCUUGUCCCAAGAAGACUGUUAAUACCUCAGGUUACUGAUUAAAUAAUUGCCCCUAAUUUAUAUGUUUCUGACUUAAAUUAUAACUGCAAUGUGUGAAUUAUUAAUGCUGGGCUUGGACUUUUUUUAGCUUUUUUCGGGAUGGUUUGUUUUUUAUUAAUUUAAGAGAGAAAAGAAGUUGAAAUUCGCCGUUUGAUUCAUGAAAUUUGGGCCCUUUUUACCUUUUCACUGAUCAUUUUUCCUUCCACUAGAGACUUGUGGGAGCAUGAAAUUGUAAAGUUAAAAGGAUAUAAUAGAAUAUAUUAUUUCUUCAACUCA